GGUGGGCUCGAGGGGGCGGUGGUGGACUGUCUGUCAGUGAUUACAUGGAGCUGUGAAGUCACGCUUGGGUGAAGUUAGUAAUGAUUCAUCUCCUCGGUUUAAACGUUAAGCGGUGCUUUAGGGAAACAGCGUCAGUUUAACACCACCUGAGCGGGUCUGGUGACCUUUGGUUGUUGCGAUCCUGGACAGAACAGCGCGAGGAAGGUUAGCCGCUUUAGCUUGAGAGCUCCGGGUGACGGCAGCCUUCAGGAAGAGGCGUCACCGCCCGCAUCAGCGCCAGUCGGAGCAGGGCACGAGGGGGAGACGGUCUGCGGCCAUGGCUGCCCUCGGUAACACGGGGGCUACCUCCAGUCCUAUGGUGAUCCUGGCGCCCAAGACGAAGACGAAGAAGAAGCACUUCGUGCAGCAGAAGGUGAAGGUGUUCCGGGCUAGCGACCCCGUGCUGAGCGUCUUCAUGUGGGGCGUCAAUCACUCGAUUAAUGAUCUCAACCAGGUGCCUGUUCCCGUCAUGCUGCUGCCUGAUGACUUCAAAGCCAACACUAAGAUCAAAGUCAACAACCACCUCUUCAACAAGGAAAACCUCCCAGGACAUUUCAAGUUCAAAGAAUACUGCCCUCAGGUCUUUCGAAAUCUAAGGGAACGGUUUGGUAUUGAGGAUCUGGACUAUCAGGUGUCAUUGACUCGCAGCCCACCUUUCAGCGUUGAUGAUCAGGGAGAAGGCCUGCUCCUUAACUCUUACGACCGGACGCUGGUGGUUAAGCAGAUCUCCAGCGAGGAUGUGGCAGACAUGCACAACAUCCUGUCAGAGUAUCACCAGCACAUAGUGAAGUGUCACGGCAACACGCUGCUGCCACAGUUCCUGGGUAUGUACCGCGUCACCGUGGACAGCGAGGAGACCUACCUGAUGGUCAUGAGGAACAUGUUCAGCCACAGACUGGUGGUACACAGGAAGUACGACCUCAAGGGCUCUCUGGUGGAUCGGGAAGCAAGCGACAAAGAAAGGGUCAAAGAGCUCCCUACCUUCAAAGACAUGGACUUCAGGAACAACAUGCAGAAGGUUUAUGUGACUGAGGAGGAGAAGGAAAAGUUCAUGGAGAAGCUAAACAGAGAUGUUGAGUUUCUAGUGAGGCUGAAGAUCAUGGACUACAGCCUGCUGCUCGGCAUCCACGACAUCGGCCGAGCUGAACGGGAGGAGGAGGAGUGUGAGGAGGAGGUCAAAGAGGAAGAUCCAGAGGCAGAAAACGGCCUUGUACCGGGCCCUACGGUGGGCUCUUAUGGCAACUCUCCGGAGGGAAUCGCUGGUUACAUGUCCUCUGUCAAACCUCUGGGGCCCGGGGAGUUCGACCCUUAUGUGGACGUGUAUGCAGUUAGGAGCUGCCCAGGAGCCCCUCAGAGGGAGGUCUACUUCAUGGGCCUGAUUGAUGUGCUCACGCAGUAUGACACCAAGAAGAAAGCCGCUCAUGCAGCAAAAACUGUCAAACACGGGGCUGGUGCUGAAAUCUCCACAGUCCACCCCGAGCAAUACGCCAAAAGGUUUCGUGAUUUCAUCUCAAACAUAUUUGCGUAACACUGCCACAGGUCGAUCCAAUUGAGAGCUAAAAGUCUUCUACUAUAGACCAAAACUAGUAUGCACACACACACAGGUCAUUCUUUAGAGUUGAUGAUCUGAGGCAAGACUUAAGUUGUAGCAAUAUAAUAUACUACUUCUGAUGCAUAUAUUUAUUUUUAAGAUGUAUUUCUGUAGAUGUUAACACUUAAUGAAAUAACUCUGGAGCAAUAGGGUACCUGCUGUUGAUCAGUGUUGAAAGUGUUAAACUGCAUCUGUGUAAGUUCAGAUAUUAUGUCUCUCUUUCCUCUGCUUUACUUUGGUUUCCCAGCUGUGAACUUAACUUAGAUUGUUUAAACUUUUGCUUUUGCAGAGGAUUAGAUGAGAACACUAAUUUCAUGUGUGAAAUAAAUAUGAGAUGUUGGCUUAAAGCUUAGAAAAAAGGCAGGAAGUAGAGGGGAAUGUGUUUCAUAGCUCUUUCUAAAAGUAACAAAAAUCUGCUUAUAUGCACCUCUAAAGCACCACAGAGAUAACCUUGUGGUUAACAUCUCUGGGUUGGACGAUAACUGCUGAUUGACGAUACAUUUGCAGAUGAGAGGUUUCUGUGUGAACGAUCAGUAUCUGAGUGUACUGACUCAGAUUGAGGCAGACUUGAGGCACCGUGUCCAGUCUGCUUUACAGAUACCCCCCCAAAAAAUGUCAAUGAGGUUUAUUUCAAGCAAAAAUGCUAUUCAAAAUUGUCCCAAAUCUCGGUUUAUUGAACUGGGCUAAAAUAUGGUGACCGUGAAGGUCAUAGCAUAAGAUUUGCGUCAUUCUCAUGAGAGAAUUCAGCGAACCCUUCUGCUCUGUGGAAGGAGGCGCUGCUAUCAGGAGAGAAAUACUUAAUCACACGAAAAGACAGCAAUCAGUCAGAAGAAUUUAGUUUUGACUUGCAGUGAUGCUUUCAUGUCAGUGUCAACUCACAGACUGCAUGCACCCCAAAUUGAUCUUAAAUGAUUCAGUAAAAUAAUAACCUAGUUUAAAAAAAUCUACAAAAGAUGUAAAUGUCUUUUUUUAAAUAGAUUUUUAAAUAAAUGAUAAAACCACAACUUCAUUUUCUUAGACAGUUUUUGUCAUCGAUGAGGUUUAGAGGUGCCAGUAGGCAGAUGUUCCUACACCCUGUGCUCUUAAUUAAUGAAGAUUGGUAUUAAAGGCAGUAGUACACUAGAUUCUGCACUUGAAGAAUAUUAUUAUUUAUGUAUAGAUGGAUGCCAUUUGAUUUCCAGUGCCAAAUGUGUGGGAUCAAAGCUUUAUAAAAGCAGGAUUUGCACUUUGAAUUAGUGUUUUGCUGCAGAGCAGGUAAAUGAAACGCAGUUUGAGCGGAUCAAAUGCUGAUUUCCACCAAAGCCUCCAUUAGACUUAUCAUUAAAAUGUGUAGAGCAACGUUGUCACAGUUAAACGACCAGAAAGAAGAAAAUAGAAAGCAUAUGGCACACAUCUCUUAGCCUGUUAGGACAUAGGGUAGUCUGAAGGUGAUUUAUGAAGGUGCAAAUAUUUAAGGAUCAUUACUGCCUUUAAAAAAAAAAAAAAUCAUGUGUUUUUGAUGUUGUUGUUGUUGUUGUAAAAUAAAUAUGAAAAACAGCUUCUGAGAAUGAGCCCAUCCGUCAUGAUUCUGACUCCUGGUGUAGUAUUUUGUGUGUUAAAAUGACCGAUAUGAGUCACAGUAGCAUUAGGAUUAUGAAGUAUCAUGUGUGUAAUGUAAUGGUAUUUGAGAUUUAGUGAUAACCAGAGUACCAUGUGAAACAUUCUGGAUAAAAACACUACAUUUCAGUCGCUCAGCCUUACAGCAGUGGGAUACUAAACAGCAUUCCUGAACAGUGACAGGGCAGUGAUACUCUCUGUAUGAUGCCUCAUCUACUCCAUGAUUGCACAUGUAUUUUUACAAAUCAGCUUUUGGACCAAAAUAUAUUUUACCAAGAAUUUC